ACUAAUGUCCGCUUACGUAAUGAGAAGGGGCCAUAUAACGUCCACGGGUCCCAUCCUCCGUCAGAUGCAUUUACAAGGCACUGUCAAACGGCGUCAAAAAAUAUUUUCCACAGCAACGACCGAAAGGGAAAAACAGAUCCAUCCUCCUCAAUUUACGAACCUCGACCCUACACAACCUCCACAAUAACCCAGAGACCAAUUCCUUUUGUUCCAGCUCUUGGAAAAUGUCCUCCCCCAACGACAUCCUCAUCACCCCGGUCACCAACCCGGAAACCGACCUCCCAGGAGUCUUCAACUGCAUCGCCCAGUCCUUCGGCGCCCAAAUCCAGGAAACCCUCUGGCUAGCCGUCAACCCAUCCUACGAUACGCCCCAAGGCCGCCAACGCGGGAUCCACCACCUCCAGCAUCGCUACGAGCACGUGACGCGCAACCGCGACGGGGAUCCCAACACCGUGUUUAUCAAAGCGACGGUGCGCGCCGAACCGGGCGAUGAGAAUAGUCCGGGGGGCCUCGAUGCCGACGGCAGAAAGAUUGUCGGAAUGGCCAUCUGGCAGCAAGCUUCUUUUGUCGAGGGCUACGGCGACGUGCCCAGCACCGUGUAUCCGGAGGAGGACCUCGAGGACCUGGAUCCGAGGGAGGCGCGGUUUGCAAGGCAGAUGUUCGCGUCCAUGUGGAGGCGACGGGUCGAGGUUGCUAGGGAGAAGGCCGAGGCUGCUGUGGAAGGGGAUGAUGGUGGGGUGCCCGCGAUUUUCGUGCUGGAUAUGUGCGCUGUGGAUCCUGGGUAUCAGAGGCGGGGGAUUGCGAAGGGGUUGGUUAGAUGGGGGUUGGAGGAGGCGCGGAGGAGGGGGGGUUUGGAGUGUACGACUGAGGCGACUGUUAUGGGUUUGGGGGUGUAUAAGAGGGAGGGGUUUAGGGAAGAGGAGGGGAAUGAUGGAGCCUUGGUGUAUGAGGUUGAUGAGGAGUUUAGGGAUAGGCGGCUGUUGCCGGUCGUGUUUUUGAGAACGGGUGGGGGGAGCUAGAGCAUAGGGAUCGGGUGGGAGCGAAUACUGUGUAUCGUUGGCGGGAAGUGGUUGAUGAAGUUAGAAGGCACUUGU